AUGUCAUAUCAGGAUUCACCGUUUUCGACUAUGUAUGGUCAAGAUGAUUAUGAUAUCGACGAGGAUAAUGAUGAAUAUUUAGAGGAUGACCGUGAUGCUGAAGAACAGGAUGAAAGUGAUGAAGAUACUGAAGAAGCAAGCGAGACAGAUCUUGGCAAAUCUGAAGAAUACACAGAAAUAAAAGAGCAAGUUUACCAAGAUAAAUUGGCUAGUUUAAAAAAACAAUUACAACAAUUAAAGGACGGAACACAUCCAGAAUAUAAUCGCAAGUUAAAGCGCUUAGAGGCUCAAUACAAAGAAAGAUUACGUUUGAAUAUAAUUUACCGUGAUUAUUUGACAGAAUGGGUAGAACGUGACUACAUAUUGGAAAAGAAGGCAGCAGUGAAGGAAUUUGAAGAAAAAAAGAUAGAUUUGAAGGAGAAUUUACUGACUGAUAUGGAAGAGAAACGGAAGAUGAUAGAAUCUGAUCGACACACAAUGGAACUCACUGGUGAUUCAAUGGAGGUGAAACCUGUAAUGACAAGGAAAUUACGCAGACGACCAAAUGAUCCUGUACCUGAAAAAGUAGAAAAACGGAGGAAGCCACCUCCUGCACAGUUGAAUUAUUUAUUAGAUGAAAAAGAGAUAGAAAGCGAUUUAAAAGCUAUUAGUCGUGGUAAAGUACUGACCACUGUUCGAAAACCAGCAAUAUUGCCACAUUACAACAUGGUAAAUAUGCCUUCGCAACAUAUUCCUCCACCUUCCGAUACUCCCAUAAUAGAGACUAGAAUAGAGGAUGGAAAACUUUUACAUGAAAGGCGGUGGUUUCAUCGCGGACAACCAGUGUAUGUAGAAGGGAAAGAUUUAACCAGGUUUGCUGCAAAUAUCUCUGCAAUAGGAACUGAAGCUAUCUGGGUGAAGAAAGUUUCGGAUGGAAGUAAAGUGCGAAUAUAUAUAUCCCAGCUAAGUCGAGGGAAAAUUUCAAUCAAAAGAAGAGCAUCCUAAUGUCUAUUGUAACGAGAUAUUCAUCGUUACCAAUUCAAGUGUUCCAUAAUUAAACUUGUGAUAUAUUA